CCAUCCUCCCCUGGUAAGUAAUGAAAUUGAUUUGAAAUUGCACAAAAAAAGAAGAAAGCAAGAAAAAGUGACCCGCUCGAAGUUUGAUUUUCCCCAUUCCAUUAUCAAAUCCUGCAAUAGAUAAGGUACUCAUUAAUAAAAGUCUCUUUUUCUUCUCAAGCAAGAAAAACAGGACGACUGAUUAGACAAAAGCCAAAAUGUCAUUCGGAGGAAAGCUAUCCGACUUUCUCCAGGGAGAGGGUGCAGCUCCCGUGGAACAGGAGGUAGUGGAGGAAGCACCAAAGAUACCACACCCAGAACACGAUGCAAAAGGGUAAUGAAGCACUUUAGUAGGGAUUGAUGUUGUAAAGUCAAAAGACAUGACAUCACAAUGUACUACAACAAGCUGUUUGUUUGACAGUCUAAUUUGUUGGAAGAUGUGGAUUUGAACUCAUCACGCGGAGCUUCCACGCAUUUUCAAAAAAGGUACGUAAAAGCAGUAGUGAUGCAGUAUUUGACGCCUGGGUUUGAGGCACUGCUUCAAGUGGCAAAGGAGAAAGGAGAGCUGCCGCCAUUGGGGGAAGAGCUGAUGAUGUCAACGUUUAACAAGAAGAAAGAGCCGAAAGCAGGUCCAGGAGACUCAUCGGUAAGACCUGUAAAAUUGAUAGUUGAACCGAAUCCAUGAUUUUAGGAGGUAGGCAGUCUGCACUGAACUUUGUCGUGCAAGAUAAAUUGUAUUGUAUUUUUGCAUUGUAUCCUACUUCUUCCAAUACUGAUCUGGGCAACCCACAAUGACCAUAUUUCUUCCAACAAAACAGCCCGAGGCCUCUUCAGACGCAGAUGAGGGAGGUGGAGAUCCAUCUGGCCUCUCUGUACCACGAGAGGGUGAUGAGAACAGGUUUGACCCUUUGCGAUGGUUGAGCGAUUAUUUGCGACAGUAUGUCGAUAAACCCGGCAAAUACAAAGAGAUGUUUAACCAGAGAUUGGCGGAAAGACAAAGGGAGAUGUUGGCACAAGCAGCGAACGCAGGUCCGCCUGGAGCCAGUUGAGGAGGAAGGAUGAAGUCACAGUGGAACGAUUCUGUUUGACAUGUUUUCACAUGGAUGUAAGACAAAGAAGUUAUAGUACGAGUACAUCUAAUUGAAGAACAUGAUAAUUUUUGUGUAAGUACAUCGGUUUGUGUACAAGCAGGAAUCUUUGUAGUUGUUGAGUCGAAGGACGCGCGAUCAACAAAGACAACUAGUGAAGAUCGACAUUCG